AUGUUAUUCAUAUUACAUUUAAUAUUAUUUUACAAUAUUUUAGUAGAAGCUACUUCUACAAGCCAUUGCGAUCCGUUUCGAAAAUUGGAUUCAGGAGCAUUCGUAAAUGGAACUUGUUAUAAUCAAUUAUUUCAAGGAAAUCCAGACGAUUAUUCAUUCGAACUUUAUUUGUAUCACGGUACUAUUGUGAACGAUUUCCGUGACUUUGUAUUGUUGGUGGGUAAGAAGACAGCUGGCGAAGCUCUUGAUAUUAGACCUGAUUAUUAUGAAAGAUUAUAUGAUUUAGUGUUUGAUAAUAGUACUAGACUUCCAGAAGAAUAUCUAUUUAAACAGAAUGAGAAUGAUGAUAUAAAUUUAGUCAGUUGGGUGAAACAUCUGAAAGAUCAAUAUGAAGGAACUCUCAAUGAGCAUGAAAACAAAAUUCAUGCCCUGAGUUAUGGUAUUAAGACUGAUGCACCAGAAUGGGCCGACAACAUGUGGGAAAUUAUGGGAAGUGGUUCUUUUAUUUCUACACAGGUUUCUUCAAUAGCAGCAAACUAUUUUAAAUCAAUUGAAGCUCAAUGGCAUUGUCGAGCAGCUUUCAUUAUCACAAAUGAAAAAUUUAAUGCAAUAAAUAAUUUACAAACUAAAACUACCCCUAGACUUUUGUUAACUAUUUUACCAAAUAGUAAGAUUGGUGAUUGUAAAACAGCUACUAGUGAAAGUACAAUAUUAAGUGCUUUGAUAGAUUUAUUUAAAAUUGUUUCUACUAAAGCUAUAAAUACAUUUUGUUUAAGUAUCACUGGUGAUGAUGGUUGGUUUGGUUCAAAUAAUUGGUUUGGUCAGUUAAAGUUCUUUAAUUUAGAUAGACAAUUGAGUUAUUCAAGCAUAAAGUGUUAG